UCAAAUCUUUUGAUGAUGGCAAACACUACAAAAACUCAUAACACCUUUCUCAGUUACUUUGUUCUGUUCCUUUGGGGAUUUGUGGUGAUGGAUGUUGGUUUGGGACAAAACCCAACAAGUGAUGAAAUAAAAGUAGGAGUAGUUAUUGAUCUCAAAACAAACUUUUCCAAGAUCUGCCUCAAUUCUAUUAACAUGUCGUUGUCUGAUUUCUACCUAACUCAUCCUCAUUACCGCACAAGACUUUCGCUUCACGUCAGGGAUUCCAUGGAAGAUAUUGUUGAGGCAUCAGAUGCAGCCUAUGACCUAAUCAAGAAGGAGAAAGUGAGCGCCAUCAUCGGACCAAGAAGCUCUAUGCAAGCCGAGUUUAUGAUUAAACUGGCCAACAAAUUUCAGGUACCGACCAUCAGAUUCUCUGCAACAAGCCCUCUUAUUAGACCUGUCAACAACCCUUACUUCGUCCGGGCCACUAUCGACGACUCGUUCCAGACCGAAGCCAUUGCGGCCGUUGUCAAAUCAUUUCGGUGGAGAAGCGUGGUCGCCAUUAAUGUGAACAACGAGUUAGGUGAAGGUAUCAUGCACUCCUUGUCAGACGCCUUAAAAAACGUUGAAGUCCACAGAAGUGUGAUCUCUCCAAACACUAACGAUGAUCAGAUUUUAAAGGAACUUUAUAAACUCAAGACAGAGCAGACAAGGGUAUUCGUUAUCAACAUGGUCUCAAGUCUCGGAUUCCGGGUUUUGAAGAAAGCUAGAGAAAUAGGGAUGAUGGAGGAAGGGUAUGUGUGGUUACUAUCAAAUGGAAUGACCCAUAUGAUGAGACAUAACGGUCGUAGCUUAGAAACCAUGCAGGGUUUGUUAGGUGUGAGGAGUCAUGUCCCUCAGUCUAAAGAGCUUGAAGAUUUCCGUAAAAGAUGGAAAAGAAAAUUCAAGAAGGAGAACCCGGUGGGAGAACAUAAUGUUUUCGCAUUAUGGGCGUAUGAUUCACUCACUGCAUUGGCCAUGGCCGUGGAGAAAACCAACACAAAUAGAGCUAUGACGACCUACGGUCCACAUCUUAUAGAGGCUCUCUCGGCUGUAGAAUUCAAGGGUUUAGCAGGAGAGUUCAAACUCAUUAACAGGCAGCUCGAGUCAUCAACUUUUGAGAUCAUCAAUGUUAUUGGAGAUGAAGAGAGGAUUAUCGGAUUAUGGACACCUACUAGUGGACUGGUGAAUGCAAAAUCAAACAAAACGACAUCAUUUUUAGGCAAGAGGUUUGGGCCAGUAAUAUGGCCUGGGAACUCAACCGUUGUUCCAAAAGGUUGGGAGAUUCCAACAAGCGGGAAGAAGAUUAAAGUGGGCGUUCCAGUAAACAAAGGAUUCCUCAAUUUUGUGGAGAUAGAGACAAAUCCUAGCGGUACUGUAACAAACGUAAAGGGUUAUGCCAUAGACAUCUUUGAAGCUGCUCUUAAAGAGUUACCUUACUCAGUCAUUCCUCAAUACGGUUUCGAGCCUCCAGGUGAUAACUACAAUGAUUUGGUCUACCAAGUCUGUGAUGGGAAAUGGGACGCAGUUGUUGGAGAUAUAACCAUCACAUCGAACAGGUCAUCAUAUGUUGAUUUCACGUUACCGUACACAGAGUCUGGAGUGUCUAUGAUUGUGCCGCUGAGGGGCGACAAGAACAAGAACGCAUGGGUGUUCCUAAAACCUUGGAGCUUAGACCUAUGGAUCACCACUGUUUGCUUUUUCAUUCUCAUUGGGUUUGUUGUAUGGCUGUUCGAACAUAGAGUCAACACCGACUUCCGUGGACCUCCUCACCACCAGAUCGGCACUAGUGUCUGCUUCUCCUUCUCUACCAUGGUUUUUGCCCACCGUGAGAAGGUAGUGAGCAAUUUAGCAAGGUUUGUGGUGGUGGUCUGGUGCUUUGUGGUGCUUGUGCUCACUCAGAGUUACACAGCGAGUCUCACCUCAUUUCUGACGGUACAAAGUUUGCAUCCAACAGCCACAAAUGUGGAAGAUCUCAUCAGAAGUGGGGAGUCUGUGGGGUACCAACAGGGCGGUUUCGUUAAAGAUAUUCUGCUUGGUAUGAACUUUCCUGAAUUACAGCUCAAGUCUUUUGCUUCUGCCGAAGAAUGCGACGAUCUUCUGUCCAAAGGGACAUCGAAAGGUGGUAUUGCAGCAGCUUUUGACGAAGUGCCCUACCUCAAGGAUAUCGUUUCUCAGUACUGCCCCAAAUAUGCAAUGGUUGAACCUUUAUUCAAGACUGCUGGUUUUAGUCCUUCCUUUAAGACUGCUGGGUUUGGCUUUGCAUUCCCCAAGAAUUCGCCUAUGAUAGGAGAUGUCUCAAGGGCUAUCUUGAAAGUGACUCAAAGCAAAGAAAUGUCACUAAUAGAGAACAAGUGGUUCAACCGUCUUGGCCUCGCUAGUGAUUGUCCUGGUCAAGAUACCGCUGAUCUUUCAUCUAACCGCCUCACGCUCAGUAGCUUCUGGGGACUGUUUCUAAUAGCAGGCGUUGCUUCCUUCUUGGCACUUCUCGUAUUUGUAGCACUCUUCUUGUACGAACAUAGGCACACACUAUGUAGUAACUCCGAAGGUUCCAUAUGGAGAAAGCUAAAGUCCUUGUUCAUAAUCUUUGAUGCUAAAGACAUAAAGUCGCACACUUUCAAGAGCAGUACAGUUCAUAAUGUGAGUUCACCUAUUACUCCGUGCACUCCGAGUCCUUCCAAUGUGCAGAUCAGACCAUUGCAACGAAGCAUGUCACUGAACACUAGGGAGUUUGAGCUAAGAAGAGCAUGUUUCGCCACGGAACAUGAUAAACAUGGAGCGUCUGAUAUUGAAUUUGGAGCUGAACGAUAGAGAGAAGUUAAUGAAACUCCAUAGAAAAUUACAUCAUAAGUUAUCAACAAGUUGUUAUUAACUGUACGUACAUAUAAGCUGUUAUUCUACUAGAUAUUGUUAUAGCUCAGCGGUGUAUACUUUGACGCAUUCGGUAGCAACUGAUUAGGUUCGAUACCAUAACGCUUUGAGUGAUCCCUAUAUCAUGUUGUAGCUCUACAUGAUCUUCCUUCGGGUCCAUUGAUUCUAAUUUAUCCU